AUGCUCGGUGCCAUCUGCUCGCUUUCACCUGUGCCCUUGCAGCCGCUUCUUCUUGGGUUAUAUGGUGCACACAGCACUCUGCUCAUGUUUCCUCUUAUCUGCUCCAUCAUCUCUGCUGUUGCUGGUGUUGUGGUCGCGACUGUCGGAGCGUCCGCUGUAAAGUGGUGCUGGAAUAAUGAUACAGGCCUGGGCGCAAUUUUCGCCAGUCUGGGAAUCACGCCUGCCAUUGCUGCUGGCUUUGCGGCGACCAUCUUUAUGUUCAUCAGACUUGUUAUGCAUAUCCGCAAAAACCCAGUACCAUCGGCGGUCUACAGUUCACCGUUUUCCUUCCUUAUUGCGGGGACCGAUAUCAGGAGGGAGCACGGUAUCAAAUGGUGGAUGUUUAUUCUAGGGCCAACACCCUUGAAUCGUCGAAGCCUUGCUACUGCGGACAUGGCCAAUGUUCCCAACUACCCGUCAUUCAGGUGGAUCCAGAGACACUGUCCUUCCUACCUCCUUGCUUACUUGAGUGUGAUCCUUACACCACUGAUGGCCCUUACUGCUUGCACUGCAUCCUUCGCACACGGAGCAAACGACAUUGGAAACUCGGUUGGGCCCUGGGCCGUGAUUUACUCUGCUUGGUCUACCGGGAAUGCUGCUGCUUCCAAGGCUGCUAUCCCUAUAUGGAAACUUGCAGUUUUGUCGUCAUCCAUUUCACUCGACCUCAUUACCUAUGGCUACAAUCCCAGAAGGAUUGCGUAUCAGAGGCUGCUCUAUGGAAAGGGAUACGCCCUUACUGUUCCUGUCUUCUCACAGUUCUCACUUCCUGCAUCUACGUCCGUGUAUCACCGGUGCAACGGCACUCUCAAGGCGGUCAACUGGCAACAAGCCGGUCUACUCCUUCUCUCCUGGAUUGUCACCAUCCCCAUCGCAAGCAUUUUAGGCGAUGUCCUCAUGGACUUAGUUCUAGAUGCCCCGCACUUCCUUCAGGGCAUUCGGUGA